GCAGAGAGCCGAGCGCCGCCCCGCACCCCCCGCGCUCGCCUCCCCUCCGUUCCCUGCCAGGACUCGGCGAGAGCCCGAGCGGCAGCGGCGCAGGGCUCAGCCCCGGGGCGGAGCUGGCGGCGGCCCAGAGGAGGCGGCACGGCCGCAGCAGAGCCGGGGCUCAGGGGCACAGCGAGGCUCGGCCGGCGGAGCGGCGGCAUGCGGCGGUGUCGGGGCGCGGGGCUGGCGGCGCUGGCCGCGCUGCUGCUCGUGGCUUCAGGCAGAGCCCAGGUACAGCAGGAGCCGUUCCUGGAGACCACCGAGGGCACCAGCAUCAACAUCACCUGCUCACAUCCCAGAAAACAGAUCGAAGAUUACAUUCAUUUCUACCGUCAGCUUCCAGGCCGAGCACCCGAAUUCCUGGCACUCGCUGCUAGAGGCUCCAAGGAUGUGCCGGCCAUUGCAGGACGGCUGUCGGUGUCGGAGGACGGGCGUUCGAGCGCGCUGUGGCUCGCUGGGCCCCGGCGCGGGGACGCGGCCGUGUAUUACUGCGCGCUGGGGGCCCGGCCAGAGCAGCCGGGGCUGCGGCCGGGCACGAACCGCCGCGGGCGGGGCCAGCAGGGGGCGCUGCCGCUCCGCCCGCCGCCCUCCCGGGCCGCCGCUCCGCAGCUCCUUCCUCUGCCCCGAGCCCGCAGCACCGACAGCGCCAAUGACAGCGAAAAGGCCGGCACACUCCGGGCCUGCUUGACCUCACUUCAACUGCUAUUGCUUCUCCUCACCUCCAUCACAUCCCUGAGCCUCCAUGACGCCUUUCUGAGAAUAAAGCAGCACCCAGAGUAGAAGAAGUAAUUAAAGAACUCACACUGCACAUACACGAGUUCGCGGUACCACAAACACACUCUGGAGCUUGCACACACCCAAAGAGUAACUCAUAGUUCUGCAUUCAUGAAGAGGUGUGUGCACAAACAUUUCCGAAGAAUACCCACACACAGACUGCUCUUUCUAUGUCCCCACUGAUGUGCAAGCACACAAACUCGCUCCUAUUCCUGCUCCUGCACCCAAGUCUGUGCACACACAUCUGCGUGAACACUCCUCUCCAGAGAUGUGCACACAUAGAGCACAUCCCAACGCCGAUCUAUUCCCACACACUCAC